AUGCAAGGACGCUGCCAAUGUGACGCAGUACGCUUCACGACCCCUGUCCCAAACCCCUUCAAAUGGUUCGUCUGCCACUGUCUGGAGUGUCGACGCCAGAGCUCGUCGGCGUUUGGAAUCUCGGCCAUCUUCCCUGCGUUUGACAUCCGCGCCGCGGCGACCAAGGGCGGCGACGAGAUCGGCGUCUUCACGCACAGCAACACCGCGUCGGGGAACACCAAGACAUGCUACUUCUGCAAACGCUGCGGCACGAGGUUCAUGCAUCAUGGCCACGGAGGAGCGAAUGUCGCUGUCAAGGGCGGCUGUCUGGACGACGUGGACGGGGACUGUCUUGCGAGUGCUACGCAUAUAUGGACCAAGCGGGCGUUGAUGCCUAUUCCCGAGGGCGCGGAGAGUUGGCCCGAGGACGCGCCGGAGCCGGAGCCGAAGUCUGACGCGGCACCAUGA